AGCAACCCAAACCGAAGGAAAAAUUGGUAUGACCAUUGAAAACUUGGAGUCAUUUGGAAAGAAACUCAGUGAAGCAAAUUCAAAAGCAAAGGCAAUAAUCAUAUUUUCAGUUGGCUUGGAUGGCUCUAAAGAUGCAUUUGCAAAUGUAACCAGAAGUCUCAGAAAGAAAGGUAUCAAUGCACUCAUCACUGUGGCUCUGGAGGGUGCACAAAAUGUUCGUGACUUAUCUUCUAUUGAAUAUGGAAGAGGAUUUGGAUAUAAGAAAGCACUAUCAAUUGAGAUGGAGGAUAUUGCAAAUGCUUUACACACACAGAUAAAUACAAUUGUGGAAAAGGAAUGCUGUUGUGUCCUCUGCAAAUGCACAGGAGAACCAGGUGCCAGAGGGCCAAGGGGUAAAAAAGGGGUUCAGGGAAAUAAAGGAGCACAGGGAUUUCCAGGUUAUUUUGGAGAAGAUGGGGAACUGGGUGAAAGAGGCCAAACAGGUCCAAAUGGAACUCAUGGGAUUGAAGGAUGUCCAGGUACCAGAGGCUCAAAGGGAAUGGCAGGGUAUCCCGGACAGAAGGGUAUUGGUGGAACCGAUGGCAUUGAUGGAAUAGCAGGAGAGCAGGGCGAUGGUGGUGUUGUUGGACUGCCUGGUGAAAAAGGAAUGACUGGAAAUCCGGGCAGCAAAGGCCUAAAAGGAGAAACUGGUGAAAUUGGUAAAAUGGGUUUACGUGGAGACCAUGGUGAAUUUGGUAAAAGCAAUAACAUUCAAGGUCCAAAGGGUGUAAAAGGUGACAUUGGAUUUGCGGGUGAUACAGGAGAGGAUGGUGUUCCAGGAAAACGUGGUAGGGCUGGAAGACCUGGUGUCCCUGGUCACAGAGGACCAUCUGGGCAAGACGGUAAAAUUGGAAAACCUGGUAAGAGAGGACGUGCUGGAAGCCAAGGAUUCCAAGGCUCACAGGGGAUAUGGGGUCCCUCGGGGCCACAGGGACGAAAUGGAGAGAAGGGGCCUCGAGGUCAGCAGGGGGUACGUGGAGUCCAAGGUGAGCAGGGAAUUGAGGGAAUCCAAGGAUUUAAAGGACAAAAUGGUGAACCUGGAAACCCUGGGGAGAAAGGUGUAAGUGGACCACCUGGACGCCGAGGCUCAAUGGGUCUCGAUGGUGAUGAUGGAUUUGGCUCUCAAGGCUCAAAAGGAAGAAAGGGAGAAAGAGGGCCCCAGGGAAACAUUGGCAGAAAGGGAAACAGAGGAAAAGCAGGAAUAAAUGGAGAACAAGGAUUCAAAGGAAUGAAAGGGAACCAGGGUUAUGCUGGUGAUCCUGGUGACAUUGGUGAGUCGGGAGUGACAGGAAAUCCUGGACCAAAGGGCCUCAAGGGACCAACAGGUGCAGCAAUAUCGCCAUGUGAUCUUAUAAAGUCUGUGCGAGCAACCUGCCCUUGCUGUUCAGCAACAAGUGGAGCAUGCCCGGCCUACCCGACGGAGUUGGCCUUUGCUCUGGACUCCUCUUCAGAUGUCACUCCUCCUGUGUUUGAAAGGAUGAAGAAAAUUGUGAUUAAUUUGCUGAAUGACAUCAAUAUCGCUGAAAACAACUGUCCGACAGGGGCCCGCGUGGCUGUCCUUACGUACCAUAUUGAAGCAAAGCCUUACAUUCGAUUUUCAGAUUUUAGGAAAAAGCAGCCACUUCUGAAAAAAAUUGAAGAACUGGGUCAUGAGCGAUCAAGCAAGAAACGGAAUAUGGGCAAAAGUAUGCAGUCUGUGGUCAGAAAUACUUUUAAACGCGUUCGUAAUGGUGUCCUUGUGAAGAAAAUCGCCGUCUUUCUUACUAAUGGAGCAUCCAAAGACAUGAGGUCUAUUGCUACUGCUGCUAAACAGUUCAGUACUGCAAAUAUCACGCCAGUUAUCCUCUCAUUCAAAAACAUUCCUGAAGUGGAGCAAACUUUUCAAGUUGAUACUGAAGAUUCAGGGGGAGUGGUUGUACUGCCAAAGCUGCAACAAGAAUCCAAGAAGCUGUUAAGCAGGGUCGCCCAGUGCAUACUUUGCCUUGAUAAAUGCGAACCAAAAGCUCUGUGUCUGGGAACUGUACAGCCAUCUCUUAUUCCCAUGAAUCUGGAUUUAGCUUUUGUUGUGGAGAAUUCAGAAGGAAUGCAACCCAUGCAUUCAGAAGCUGUGCAACAUUUCUUGAGUUCUAUGGUUAACACAUUUUUAAGUUCCGAAGAACCAAAGGUGUCUGAACUUCAUCCCAGAGUGGCUAUUGUACAAAACUCUCCAAACUAUACACUCAGAUAUGGGAAAGAUCCACACGAACUGGAAUUUGCAAUUUUGGAUUACAAUACAAAAACACUAAAGAAGAGGCACAUUCAAGACUCAGUCAGUCCACCAGAGGACUCCACUGGCAUCAGCAGCACCAUUGAUUGGAGCCUGAAAAAUUUCUUCUCAAAUUUCACCAAACAGCAGACUCACAAGGUUAUCUUUACAAUAGUUUCAGGCGAAAGAAACAUGGAUGAUAAGAAGUUACUGGAAGUAGCACAUGAAGCUAAAUGUAAAGGCCUUGCAGUGUUUGCUUUGGUCCUCGGAGAGGUAGCGAACGCAACAUUUCUGGAAGAGUUUGUUAGUUUUCCUUCUGAGCAACAUUUAGUUUAUCUGGACAAAGCCUUGGACACUGAAAUAGAAUAUGCACAAAAGUUUGCUGUGGCUUUUCUGAAAACCUUGGCAACUGGAAUCAACAGCUAUCCCCCUUCAGAUCUUGUGAUGGAAUGCAAAGGAAUAAAAGCUCAGGAGACUGUGAAAGAAGCAGAAGAGGAGCCACCUAUUAAUUUACAGUUGUUGGUUGUUAUGAAUGACUCCGAGAAUCCCCAAAGUUACAGCAACAUUUCUGAUAUGUGUACAUUGAAGCAGGAGACAGGGCUCUGUCAUAAUUACACCAUCAAGUGGUUCUUUGACAACGAAAGGGGCUGUGAACGAUUCUGGUAUGGUGGCUGUGGAGGAAAUGCCAACAGAUUUGACACAAAAAAGGAAUGUGAAAACUCAUGUCUAAAAAAUUCACUAUUGUAAAACGCACCAGAAUAUGUUAAGGUGUGACUGAGCAUAGGAUGUGAUGAACCGUUACAUCAGGUUAAUUAAAUUCUUUUGUAUGAGUUGUUAGCAGAGAAGCAUGUUCAGUUGUAAGAUACUGUUGAACUAGUUUCAGAACUAUAUUGUCUGCUUCCAUCACUUCUAAAAGGGGAAACUCCAUCCUUCUAUAUAUGCAUAUUUGAAAUCAUGUAAAUACUUACAUAGAGCUGUACAAGUAUACAAGUAUACGAUGUAAUGCUGAUGCUUUGACAUUGAAUCAAAAAUUCCUUUUUGCUGCAUGGUGCAAACAUCCAGACCAUUCUUUUCCACUUCAUCUGCCUGCUUGGAUUAUACUCUCAAUUAUCAUUAACUUGAAAACUUCUUUGUCAAAUAUUUCUCUCAGGCAAAGGAUUCAAUUACUUGAAAUGAAAGAUGUAUGUUGAAAAGCAGUGUAUGAUCGAUAAUAAUCUCAGAUCUCCCACCAAUUAGAGGUUGAACAAUACAGCAUUUUCCUUGUAAA